UCACAAGGCAACCGUGUUAUUGACCAAAUGUGACAGCUCUUUAAAAACUAUACACACAUGAAAAAAAUAAUAAAAAUGUACAUUUUGAUAUAGAUUAUACUUAUAAUGAAGUUAUUAAAGUUCCACCUUAGGUAUCAUCCUCCUGGCAUCGUGCUGGAGUAUCUGCAGAAGGGUAUCGUCAAGAAUAAGGACAUCGAUCUCCUAGAUCUCAAUAGCAACUCAGACACGAAAGCGAUCGCUAACGAGCUGUAUCAUAAAGAACUCCUGAUAACGGAAGACGUUCGUGAGCAGUUGGAGCAAUGUCUCGAAACCCUGAAGAAGAGGAUCGAGCACGAGGGACCCACGGGGAAGAGGUUCUACAUCUACAAAACCCUACACACACACGUCCUGCCUCUCACUAAUGUUUGUUUUGAUAAGACUGGUCAACGAUGCCUCUCUGGAAGCUAUGACAGAACGUGCAAAGUAUGGGAUGUUGAAUCUGGGAAAGAAUUAAAGACUUUAUCGGGCCACCAAAACGUCGUCUACGCUGUCGGAUUUAAUUUUCCCUCGUGUAACAGGGUUUUGACUGGUUCCUUCGACAAAACUGCUAAAAUCUGGAAUGCGGAGACAGGGGAAUGUCUCGCCACACUGUGGGGUCACACAGGGGAGGUGGUUGCCGCUCAAUUUAACUCGAAAGGAGACUAUGUAGGAACUGGAUCUAUGGACCAUCUUGCUAAAUUAUAUGACUCUGGAACAGGCGCAGAGAUUCAGACUUAUGCUGGACAUACAGCAGAGGUGAUUGCUUUACAAUUCGAUCCAAAUGAAGGCCAAAAACUAAUCACCGGGUCCUUCGAUGGAACCAUAUCCCUGUGGGAUACGAGAGUCAGAGAUCGUGUGGGGGUGCUCCGCGGUCAUUCUGGGGAGAUAUCGAGCGUGCAGUACAACUGGGACAGCACUCUCGUGGGGUCCGCAUCGUUGGACGGCAGCGCUCGUCUGUGGGAUGCGAGACAGAACACCUGCCUGGCGACCGUCGCCUCGCAUUCUGAUGAAGUGCUGGAUAUCUGUUUUGACUGGGCUGGUCAGCGCAUGGCCACCUCGUCCAGUGACUGUUCAGCUCGCGUGUACGAUGUGCGAGCUGAAUUUAAGGAACUGGCUGUCAUGAAGGGGCAUAGAGAGGAAGUGUCGAAGGUGUGUUUCAGUCCAGCUGGGGGAUGCUUGCUCACGUCCUCCGCUGACAGGAGCGCUCGCAUCUGGAACACUAACACCGGUAACUGCAUACAGGUGUUGUCCGGUCACCAGGGGGAGAUCUUCUCCUGUGCUUUCUCGUACGCCGGCGACGCUAUCGUGACCGCCUCCAAGGAUAACACAUGCAGGAUCUGGAGAUGACUCGACUGGUGGUUAGCUUGAACCCGUGACAAAAAUUAUCGCAUAUAAACAAUUUUGCACAAGUUCCAUUACUGUGAUAGAAACGAGAACAUCUGGUUUCGAUCGAAAAAACCUUAAAAUAGCUUUAGAUAUCUCAUAGAAAAAUAUACAAUAGUACAAAGUUUUCAAGCUUUAUCAUAUCAGAGCAGUUGUUAAUGAUAGAAUUUAAUUAUAUAGAAAAUAUUUAUUGUUAAUCUUUUUCACUUUAAUUAAAUAAAAUAUAA